AUGAGUUCUAAUCUCUUAUCAGUUCACACUCCUCCACCACUCCCCAACAUCUCAAAAACAACCCCUUUAUACCAAAGAAUCUACAUCCCAACCCAUGUCUACACACACCCAUCAGCUAUCCUCCUAGAACUCUGCACUUCCAUCAAAGAGCUUCAUCAAAUCCUCCCCCUCAUCAUCAAAAACGGUUUCUACAAUGAACACUUGUUCCAAACAAAGCUCGUAAGCUUGUUCUGCAAAUUCGGUAGCAUGAAUGAAGCAUCUCGUGUGUUUGAGCCUGUGGAACAAAAGUUGGAUGUUCUUUACCAUACUAUGCUUAAAGGGAAUAUUGAUGACGCGCGUAAGAUGUUUGAUAGAAUGCCAUCUAAGGAUUUGGUUUCGUGGAAUACGGUUGUUGCGGGGUAUGCGCAGAAUGGGUUUGCUAGGAAGGCUUUGUGGUUGGUUUCGGAUAUGCGGGAAGAUGGUCAGAAGCCGGAUUCGAUUACUUUGGUUAGUGUUUUGCCGGCGGUGGCGGAUAUUAAGGGUUUGAGAAUUGGAAGGUCGAUUCAUGGUUAUGUUUUUAGAUCGGGAUUUGAAAAUAUGGUUAAUGUUUCGACGGCGCUUUUGGAUAUGUACUUUAAGUGUGGGUUGGUAGUGACUGGGAGAUUGGUUUUUCGGAGGAUGAGUAGCAAGAAUGUUGUUUCGUGGAAUACUGUGAUUGAUGGUCUUGCGCAAAACGGAGAGUCUGAAGAGGCGUUCGCUACUUUUUUGAAGAUGUUGGACGAAAAGGUGGAGCCUACGAAUGUUAGUAUGAUGGGUGCUUUACAUGCUUGCUCUAAUUUAGGCGAUCUUGAAAGAGGGAGGUUUGUUCAUAGAUUGUUGGAUCAGAUGAAAUUUAGUUCUAAUGUCUCGGUUAUGAAUUCUUUGAUAUCUAUGUAUUCGAAGUGUAAGAGAGUUGACAUUGCAGCGUCGGUAUUCGAUAAUUUGAAAGGGAAAACAAACGUCACAUGGAAUGCCAUGAUAUUAGGUUAUGCGCAGAAUGGUUGCGUAAAUGAAGCUUUGAAUUUGUUCUGUACGAUGCAAUCCGAAGGCAUUAAACCCGACUCCUUUACAUUCGUGAGCGUGAUCACUGCUAUAGCAGACUUAUCAGUUACUCGCCAGGCUAAGUGGAUUCAUGGACUUGCAAUAAGAACCAAUAUGGACAAGAAUGUAUUUGUCGCCACUGCUCUUGUUGACAUGUACGCAAAAUGCGGAGCCAUCGAAACUGCAAGAGAGCUUUUCGACACGAUGCAAGAGCGACAUGUGAUAACAUGGAAUGCAAUGAUCGAUGGAUAUGGCACACACGGACUUGGCAAAGCAGCUCUUGAUCUCUUUGAUGAUAUGCAGAAGGAAGAUUCGAUUAAGCCGAAUGAUAUAACUUUUCUAUCUGUUAUUUCAGCAUGUAGUCACUCAGGUUUUGUCGAAGAGGGUCUCUACUAUUUCAAAACCAUGAAGGAGCAUUACGGCUUCGAGCCUUCAAUGGAUCACUACGGUGCCAUGGUUGAUCUUCUCGGUCGUGCCGGAAAGCUAGACGAUGCUUGGAAUUUUAUUCACAAGAUGCCUAUUAAACCAGGGAUUACCGUUUUAGGUGCAAUGUUAGGUGCUUGUAAAAUCCAUAAAAACGUCGAAUUGGGCGGAAAAGCCGCAGAUAUGCUAUUCGAGUUGGAUCCAGAUGAGGGUGGUUAUCAUGUGCUGGUUGCAAACAUGUACGCAUCUGCUUCAAUGUGGGACAAAGUGGCUAAAGUGAGAGCAGCCAUGGAGAAAAAGGGUCUCCACAAAACUCCCGGCUGCAGUUUGGUCGAAUGGAGAAACGAAGUUCACGCAUUCUACUCAGGAAGUACAGAUCAUCCUCAAUCAAAAAGAAUCUACGCUUUUCUCGAGACUCUUGGAGACGAGAUCAGGGCUGCUGGUUACGUGCCUGAUACCAAUUCAAUUCACGACGUGGAAGAAGACGUGAAGGAGCAAUUGCUUAGUAGCCAUAGCGAAAGGCUUGCAAUUGCAUUCGGGCUUUUGAAUACAAGACAUGGUACAACAAUACACAUCAGGAAAAAUCUAAGAGUUUGUGGUGAUUGCCACGAGGCUACCAAGUACAUUUCGCUCGUGACAGGAAGGGAAAUUAUAGUGCGCGACUUACAAAGGUUCCACCAUUUUAAGAAUGGAAGAUGUUCUUGCGGGGAUUACUGGUAA